UAAACCUUCACAAUGGGCUCCAAUGAAGACGGCGCCGCCCCCUCCUCCACCACCACUCCCCUCAGCACCCAACCCCCCGCAAACUUCGACUGGCAAAUCACCCUCGCCUCAAAGGUCAUCGCCAUCACCGGCGCCAACCGGGGCAUUGGCCUCGGCAUCGCAGAAGUAUGCCUCGCCAACAACGCGAAAAUGGUGUACUCGCUCGAUCUCAUGGACCCCUCCGAGGACUUCGCCGCCCUGCACAAGAAAUACCCAAACUUCAAGUACAUCCAGAUGGACGUGACGAACGAAGCGAGCGUGCAAAAGGCGAUUGAUAGCAUAGUCGAGGCGGAAGGCCGAAUCGACGGCUUAGUCGCGAACGCAGGCAUGACGAAGCACCAACCCGCGCUAGACUUCACGCGCGCGGAGGUGGAAAAGCGGUUCAACUUAAACGUCUUCGGCGCCUUCUUCUGCGCCCAAACCUUCGCCAAAAAAUGCAUCGCCCUCGGCACCCGCGCCUCCAUCGUCUUCACCGCCUCCAUGACGUCCUACCGCCCCAACCGCGCGGCCCCCUCGGCCCCCUCGGCCCCCUACGGCGGCACCAAAGCCGCCGUGCGCAACAUGACGCACACGCUCGCCAUGGAGUGGGCGGCCCACGGCAUCCGCGUCAACAGCAUCUCGCCCGGCUUCGUCAAGACCGCCAUGACGUACUAUGUCGAGCGCGCGCCGGACUGGGACCUCAAGAUGCAGUACUACGGGGGGAUGCCGCGGCUGGCGAUGCCGCAGGAGCUGGGCGGCGCGUAUGUGUAUUUGUUGAGCGAUACGGCGGGUUAUACGACGGGGAUUGAUAUUCCGAUUGCAGGGAUUGUGGGGGCGUGGUAGGGGAAUGUGGGAGCUUUUGUGGUAGAUAGAGGGGGCUGGCGUUGGGC